AUGUACAAUUACGAAUCUGCCCGCAAAGAGGUGCGAAGACAGAAUGUGCCAAUCACCUCAAAGUGGACUUUUGAGCGUGCAAAACAUCGAAUGUUGUCCGAGUUUCACUGGAAUGGCCACAUCACGCUUACAAGCGACGACGUGGACGAGUCUCACCCGCUGCAUGCCCUGUGGGAGGAGGCGCAUAGAAAUCUUGACCAGCUGUUUCGCCAGUCCGACAAUGACGCGGGCAGAACGCUUGAUAUGAAAAGGAUGAAGGAGGUGUAUUUGUACAUAUGGGCGCGUUGCCACGAGGCCGCCAGCGUGUACUAUGCGCGAGGCGACUACAAAGCGCACCUGCCGACCAGGGGCGAGGUCCUGUCUCUACGCUUUGCGCUUCCACCGCACCAAGCCAACGGACACGUUACAUAUGCACUGAAUAUGCUCGCUGCGUGCCAUGCGCUCCAUCUCUUCCAGGUCGGAGACCAAGAUUGGCGCGCGCGGGCAGAGGCAAGCCAAGGCGCCGAAAGUUGGGAAGAUGAAAGUGACUUUGCGAGAGUUUUCGAGGCAAAUCGGGAGCUGGGUCAAGUCAUUGAUCAGAAUCUAGCGGUUUGGGCGAAGAAUAAGGAGGACAUUGAGUUGUGCCUCAACAAGCUCAAGACAAAGACGUCCACCACCGGGUCGGAGCAGACGAGUGAGGAGCUUCUCGCGCGGUGCAGGGUGGAGAAUAAGAUCAAGGAAACGUUGGAAUUGAUGCAAAUCUGCCAAGAGAGGCUCGAAGAAGCACAAAGGAGAUGGUGGGAGGCGAAGGAGGAGCAGGAAAGCUCAGAGUCGAUCGACUGGCAGCUCACAAACUCACCGGGGGAAAGCGAGGAGCAGAAUGAAAACGAAGAGGAUGAUGCUUGUGACGAGUUGGAAAAUGUUAAAGAUGACAUGAUAGAGUAG